CAGAAAAAUGAUGAAGAAAAGGCUAAGGAGGAACUACUUCUAGGUAAAAAGUAAAAAAAUCUAACGUAUAAAAUCACUGAUAGUCAUUAAACAGAUACCGUAAUUACUAAGCUCGGCAACAAGUAAGGCGUGCGUUGCUUUUGUUCAUAAACCUACAAAGGCCCUUAAAUAUCACUCGAACUUUGCCUUUUUUCAAUAAAUAGAUCCUCUACUCCUGUACUUAAAAAGAGAAUAUUGCUAUUAGCGCUUCUUCUAAGGUAGCUCGAUCCAGUAUUUGUAUAGACUGAUACCUUUCACCUUUGGACCUCCUAUACUUAAAUAACUUGGUCUUUAUUGUAAAUACAUUAUAACACAUGGUCACAUAUGGACUGAACUUUAUUAUGACAUUACACAUAAUUUUUUUCGCGAACGGAAUACCACGUAACAAUGACGUCACAAUGGUUUUCGCUCUUAAUCGAAUUACAGUCCUUAUUCGCACUUUCUCUGGAAAUGCUCUUUGCUAGCGAAGUUUCACAAAAAUGUCCAAGUGCAAUUUCGAGAUAUCGUGGAAUUUCUAGACGAAGACUAUUUGGAUUUCUGCAUGAAGGCUAUUUGAUUUUAUCGCUGUUUUUUGUGAGAAUAGCCUCCUAGUUAUAAAAAGAGCUCAGCAUUGAGUUUUACCCAGAUACUUUCCAGUCUUUCGAAAUCAAGCAAGCCUACCUGUCUACAAAAAUACUGGGUCGAACCACCUUAAAAAAAAUUGGACCACCUGCCUCUUUUAAAGUAACAAUUUAAAACUCCAAAUAUAAGAUGAGGGAAUCAAUCAAUGUGGAAGAAAGAGUCAGGUUUCUUAAAAACCAAAAAGAGCUAAAAUAUUUUUCGAAGCCUGCUAGAGACACACGUACGCAGAUGACACAUUGGGGAGAAAUCGAGUAGUGUAUCAAUGCAAAUGACUUUCGGCCCUCAACUGAAAAGAACUGCUUCUCUUAGUGUUACAAGAUCGUUACGAACCUUUUCAAUAAUUUUACCAGUUUUAAUUUAUGAAGUUAGAAAUGACAUGUUCCACUUAAAACUUUUGAUAGAAAAUAGUCCUGCAAAUCUCUCAGUAAGAGAGUAAUUCUCCUUACAUUUUAUAAGCUUGGCGAUUUCUGGAGGCUCUUUCGCCAUCUUUAUUAUAUGAGCUGUUCGAAACAUUUCCCUGCAAACUUAAACCGAUAUUUCAAACCUUUCCCAAAUAUAACUGAUGUUUACUCAACUUAGUAAGCCAGUUAGCAAGAAAGACAAGGAAACAAAUGAACGAAUAAAUAAAUCAGUAGAUGACUUACUGCUAGGAAUCAAUCUGAUAUACAAAAGCAAAACGGUGAAAGCUUACUUCGCCUUUAUAACUUGGUGUUGAUUAGUGAGGAUGACGUCACUGAAACUGCUCAAGAUCUUCAAGCCGCUCCAGAUCCCGGCUACCAUCACGAGGUAAAUGUUAUUAUUGUCUUCCUUGAACAUUGCAUGUCAUUCUGCUAAAUCUUCAGUGACAUCUAAAGAAAAACAAUAUUGAUUACACAACAUAAUGUUAAUGGACUUUAUAUCAAGACAGUACACCAAGCUGCAAGGAAACAUUUGGGCGCAAAAUGAGCUUAAACUAAACGAUGAUUUUGUGUUCAAUAGACUUGUAGCGCCCAAUCCCUGAUGUACCCGUCUGUAUAGGCGUACAUGUACUUGAAUUUUAUUUUAAAAUGUUGCUCUCAUAGUAAAAGGAGCAUUAGAAACGCACGUUCCUCGAAACAUUUAAGGUCAUUAAAAAAUAAGGACCAAGUCGACAAAUUCCACUCAAUGAGGAGGUAACAAGAUUACAAGUUUGGUGAUCCUUUGCAACUUUAGAACCAAGAAGAGUUUGCUCAGUCAAGGCUGAAAUUCUCACAUUAACGACAGUUUAGAUCAUUUUCAGUCAAACUUUGUCAAAAACAUCUUCCUUUAAGUGCCAAACACGGCUUAACGGGCUAUAGAAAUACUAAACACAUAUUAGGCCAAGUCAUGUGACGUAGCCAUGCCCAUCCUGAAUGUUUCUGAGUCCGUCAUGAGCAGUAAAACUGUGAUACAAAACAUCGUGAUUUUUUCCCCUUAGGAACAAUACAGUGAGGGAGGACGUUUGGUGCCACAAUACACGGACCUAGGUGGUGGACAUAACCCUGUUUGGUAAGAAAGUACGAAAUGCAAACAAAGGAAAUUUGUUCCUAAACCAAAGUCAUUUCUAAAUACUAACUGCUUUUAAAUAACGUUUCUUCUAGCGGUACAGCAUGUCUAAGGGUUCCUACUGGGCCAGAGGUAAGAGUACUAAAGCUAGGCAAUUAACUUUCUUAUCAAGACUACAACAUUUCAUUAAUGAUAAACUGAAGGUCUUUACUCACUUCGGGUGGCCAAGCAAACGCACGAUAGUGUACGAUAUAUAGUGGACUUCGAACAGGUUUUCGGCGGCCAUACCCGCCCGAUAUUUUUUGCUAUUUUUUAAUUGCAAUUUCUUUCCUUUUUCGCUCGCCACAAUUUUGUCAAAAUUUAAGUGAACUGAGUUGCUAACAUAAACAGCUCAAGCCGAUUUAGUUUUCACUUUUAUCUCUCAUAGCAAAACCAGGACUCUGAUCCUACUGUGUUAGUCAUUUUAAUUACUCUCUUGUUUUUGGUCUCUAAAAGAUCAUAUCUGUUAGAUUUUGUACACGUUUUAAUUUAUGUGUUGUUCAAUACUGUAAAGUAAAAUUAUAUAAAGAAAACGUUCACUUCCUAGUCGUGCAGUGAUAACAUAGUUAUGCAGCAAAAAGUGUAAAGAACAUGCAAAUUUGUUGUGUUGCUUAUUAAACCAAUUAUGUUUUUGACAUUCCUGUUGCCGUGACAAGUUCAAAUUCCUCAGAAGUUGUACAAGUAGUGUACAAGGCAAGAUACUUAAAUAGCACCAAGAUAAAAAGUGUCUAACGGGACACAAUGCGAUAUUUAAAGAACACAUACACAUAAAGAAAAAAUGGAAAUACCUAACUGACUGAGAGGUACAAAUUUCUUAUUCGGGUGUAUAAUCAGUUAAAAAAUCAAAUCAGCAGAGAAGAGGUAAACACAAUUUUAACCCCCCUCUAUAUCACUUUUAAAGGCCUGCCAAGCAGGCCAGCGAGCAAGCCAUGUUCUCAAUCCACUUAGUAAAAUCUACAGAUGGUUUCCUUGACAUACAUUUAGUAACGCUUGCUUCAAAUGACAAACUCUCUCAGCUUCCUAACUAAGCCUAGUACAGUGAAACGUCGAUACAACGAAGGGCUAAGGGGCUGGUUAAAUAUGUUUGCCAUACCUAAGUUUCGUUAUAUCGAGGUUCAUUUCCAUAUACUUUUUCUAGUACUGGGGAAAGGUAAAUUCUUCGUUCUGCCAAGAACUUUUGUUAUAUAAGGGUUCGUUAUUUCAGUCCAGGUUUCUCAGUUCUGAAGUAAAGUAAGUUAGAGGAUGUGUUAAAAACAUACCCAAUACGGAACUCACCCAGGCAUGUUGAUGCAAAUAGCCAACUCGCCAGCAUCCCCAAGGUGUAACAUCGUACAAAUGGUAAAGUUGCUUUUACGAUCGAAAAAAGAAGACUGAUUGGGUCCUCAGCUUUUAGUCUCAAAAAAAUCGACGGACUAAAUUUCUUUUACGCUAUUUCUUUCUAACUUGUACUAUACGUUAAAAAGUACACUCUAAAUCGAAAAGUGUAGAUGAAAAAUUCAUGGAAUUUGAGUCUGUUUUUCUCGGAACUGUGUUUAAGACAUUGACAUUGACAUUUCUUUUUUCUUGGAAACAUUAUACAUGCAGUCUCCAUGGCAACUUAAAGUUAAACCAAUCGAAACAUCACCACAAGAUGUAUUAUUCCUAGGAGGUCGGAAAAGCUCAAAAAGCAAAGGUUUGUGGCGACAAUACCACGAUAUUCAACUGAACUCUUGAUGCCUAUUAUGCGGUUGGCAACUGGAAAAAUGACUACGACACAUGAUAAAUACAAGAAUAAAGACGGAGUAUACAAUGCUACUAGUAAUAGUUGACACUACAGCUGCCCCCGUUUUGUAUAUUGUUGGUCAAUAGUAUUCUUGCUGGUUGUGUAGCUCUUUGAAAUAUACCGAUUCAUAAUGAAGAUUUUCACACAUAUUCCAUACAAUAGGUGAGAUAAAUACCGGAAACGCAAGGUUUUUGCACAGUUUCAGCUCGAUUUUCACAGCUUUCAUCAAAAUAUUCUCAGUUUCGAGAAUAGUUUAUUCUAAACCAUAAGAAAAGAUUUAAUUAGAAGUUGAAUUUUUCGCUAUUUCUCUUUCCCUUUUUACAUUCAGUUCAUUUUAUUUGCCGGAAAGUAAGCCUUAGAAAUUAAAAGGACGUUUGAUCGAUUCACGCUAGUGCAUUCUAGUCUUAUUUGAAACUUUAUAACGGAAAGACAUCUGUGAGCAGGGAAUAAGUCAGCACAGAAUUUGAUUGUCGGCGAAUUUCUGUAAAUGUCCAUCGAUCUCCUAGUGAUAAGCUAGCCGUUGUUCACUCGUCUUGCUUGUUUGGGGCUGAGUCUUAUUCCGGUCAAAGAGAGAGAAAGAGUGUCUGGCAAGGCUUCCAAUAUAAAUCAAAGAUUUGUGAACUCGUGUCCGGCAAACUCUCCAAGUGUUUAUAUAUCUACACAGUUAAACGCACCUUAUAACCUCCCCUGCGCUUAACGAGUGUCUUUUGGUCCAUAACUUUCAAAACAACUGCUCCACAGAAUGUCACUGCGUAACGCCUGAAAGAGUAUCGAAGUAUGACUGCACAAUAAAUGUCACAAAAUCUACCUGAGAGGUCCCUUCGGGAUUUUCUGUCUUUACGUCACCCUAACCAUUUUGUACUUGCGGGCGCAAACAAUAGAAACGUCAUCAUUUCCUACCGAUUCCUCGCGGCCCCAGUUCGAGCAAAUCAAGAUUUUUUCUAGUAUACUGACUGUAUAUUUGAACUGUAAGUACUGUCCUUAAUAUACGCGCGAGUUACUAGGGUGCCUCCUCGGGAUUUCGUCUCUGGGCGAAAUCCCUGCGGGGGCAAUAACAUCAUACGAUAUGGUACAAAACAUCAGUAAAUGGUAAAUUCCUCACCCUUUAGGCAAGUUAUCAUUAACCUUGACCGAUCUUAACAGGGACAGAAUUACGUCAGUAAUGCGCCGUCAUAAUUCCACGUUUAAGUUUACACAAUUUCUAGCCGCAAAACUGCUACACACAGGACGUUUACUGUAAUCGUCGUUAAAUAUUCUUAAACAUAUUUUCCAUUAAAAAAGGACAAUAGGGCUACUCGAAUCGACUUACUCUUUUUUGCCGCCCUUCCUUUCAGGAAGAGACGGGUAUAGUUCUGGCCUGGGUAUUUUAUUCGUCGAUAAAUAGCCGUCUGCCCUUUGAGAAGCGCAUGCCUGACAUGGCGAAAUAUCACGUGGUCAAUUUUCGGCAAAUUCAUUGGCUUAGAGCCAAAAUCCCCUUGACAUGUUGUCGAGAUGAAACAAGAAAAGCCAGCUGUUUUGUUAGUCGGUAGUGUUAACUUGCGGUUUUCUGGCCUCUAUGAGAGAUCGACAAAUAUUUUGGUCGAAAUAUUUAGUGACGUGUUGUGUAGAGGAUAAUGCAUCCUUGAACUGUCAGACAAACACAGUGGCUCGAUCCGUUUAAUCGAGAUGGGCGUUGCGAUCGCUGGUUGCGAGAGGAAGACAUGCUAAAAAACAGUAAAAAGGUGGGUAAUUUUCACUUUUUAUGUUUAAUGCAAGUCACGAGAAUUUAUAUAGCAGUUGAAGAAAAACUAUUGGGCUUUGUUUUGGUGAGUAAGCGUGCACCGAGUUGCACGGAAGCAGCAGUUUUGUAAAACGUAUGGACCCUUUUUGUGCUGAAUUUCGAUGAAUUGUACAACUUGACUGUUCGAUCUGAAUAAACACGUCCAAUAUACGUCACGUCACUGUAAACACCUUAGAAAUUUUAUGCUUUAUAGUUUUUAUCGAAAACAGUAAGACAAUUGCUUUGAUUUUUAAACAAUAUAGCAUAGUUAGCACCUAGUUGCAGGAAAAUGGCAAUUAAUUACCGUUUAUGGCUCAAAUUUUAUUUCAGUGGCUUUAGUAAGUUUAAUUUUUUGGAAGCUUUUUGAUGAAUUUUUGAUAUAUGCGCUCGCCAAGAUAAGUUAGAAGACAAGGUCAAACCAAGAUGUUCAUGAACUGUCACAUCCUCAAUAAUACUAUUGUUCAAAAUCAACGGGGGUGCAAAAGCUUACCUCUUUUUGUCGAAAAAAUAAUUGAUUUAGUCUUACAUUCAUUCAUAGCCACCAACCACCGUUUAGCCCAAUCAGAUAUUGAUGUCAAGUCAUGAUUUACUUUGGAAGCGCAAUCACUAGGAGACUGGACUUUUUCCAGCCCAAAAAAAUUCAUCACAAAAAAAAAGCAGGGAGAAAAGAUUGUGACUGGUAGGUCAUUAAUGUAAACAAGAAACAAUAAUGGACCUAAGACUGAUCCCUGGGGGACACCCGCCUAGAUAUUACGCCAAUCAGAAUGCACUCCUUCGAUUAUCACUCUUUGUUUACGACAAGGAAGGUAACUUGUAAACCAGUUUAACAAAUUCCCCUCAACUCCAAUGCUUCUUAACUUGGCUAUCAGACCGCGAUUCCACACUCUAUCAAAAACUUUGGAUAUAUUAACGAAAACGGCCCUCAUCUCACUACCUUCCUCAACGGCCUCACAAAUUUCGUGAACAAUAUAUAUAAGUUGCAUAACAGUGGAAUCCCCUGGACGAAAACUACUUUGAAAAAUGAUGAAAAAAGGCUACUUUCUCACAGAUCCUAGAUAAACAUGGCAAAAGUGAAACUGAGCGAUAAUUAGUCUUCAGUUGACGGUCACCUUUUUUAAACAACGGCAAAACAUUUGCAAGUUUCCAAGCACUUGAAUUUUGACCAAGUCGAAAUGAAGUGUUGAUUAAAUUUGUGAAUGGUUUAUAUAGACCCUCACUGCAAUGUAUUAUAAUCUUAUUACUUAUGCCGUCGUAGCCAAUAGCUUUUGAAAUGUUAAAAGAUGACAUAAGGUUACGAACCGUUUCUUCAUCCGCAGUGAUAACAGACAAGGAGUCUGAUGACCACCGACGGAGAAAGGGAAUUUCAGCAGAGUCACUAUUUGGUACUGAAGCUUGACUGGCAAAAUAAUCAUUGAAAACGUUAAUUUUUUCUUUUGCAUCAGAUAUAAAACUCCUUCAGAGAUCAUCAUACAUUACCAUACAUAGAUUUUACAAUACGCCAACUUUUUGGAAGAAAUUAUUUCCGUUAUUGUUGUUGAAGUAAAUUUAUGGCUUCCGGGACAAUAAAUGGACUAGAUUUUCAAUGGCUGCAAAUGCAUUUCCGGAAAAGUAGUCAGUCGCAACUUAUUAGGGGGGCGUUCAACAAAUUCAUGGUUGUGCCUGUACUUUUGGACAGUAUGAGUACCUCGGGUCGCGAUUUUAAAAAAUCGCCUGGUAUGCAGGUCUGAUGCUUAAUUAGUAAAGAGUUUGUUAGGAAAGAAGAGUGGAGCUCAGUGUAAAAGUAAUUUGCAGCAAGCAUUUAACGAAACUAUAAGUGUUUAAAAGGAAACCAUUGAUUCACUUUCUUAGAAAGUUCAUGUUCAAUAUGCAAAUUUAUUCCGCGAUUCUACGGUAAUUUGUGUUUCAAUUUUCCUGCAAUUUGGGCGGUUAACCAUGGUUAACCAUGUGAUUUCAAAUGCCCAUGCACUUACAUCAAGCAUCAUAAUAUAAAGCCCAAGCAACAUGAACCUUUCAAACUUAAUAUCCGCAUGUAGACCCUCUACAAUGUUACCCAAAUAUUCACACGGCGGUGUUGUGUCAAAAUCGGCCAACUUCCACCGCAGACGAACGAUAACGGAAACAGCGUGCGCGCUAAACCUGCUUUCGCUUUCAGCAGCCAAGUAUGAACAGAGAACGUUGACAAAACCACGAUCGAUCAAGUACAGCGGCUUUUAUGAUUGGACAAAGCCACCUGCAUGCAACUUUCGUCACGUGCACCUUGCGCGUUACUGAGAAAUGCUCCUACGUGACGUCAGUUACGUUAGAUAUAUUGUGUCACGUGGUAGAACACUUAAAUACUCAAUUCAGAAAUGUAAUUGAGAGAUUUUACUGAUGAAGCAACAUUGGGUUUGAAACAGUAAUGCCUGAGUCAGUCCAAGUACAAUUCAUGUAAUCUGGGUAAGUGUACUUUCCGUCGCCACUCUCUCAAAACACGUUUUUAACCCAACUGUGCGUUAUGCAGCAAUGAAUGUUUGAGAAUGAGCCCCAAUGUUCCAUGUAAAUGAAACUUAAAGUGCCUGUACUCAUUCUCCAAUACACUCUUCAAAUUGGACUCGAGGCGUUUUAACGCUGAGGGCAGUGAAACGGCGUUGCAGGAGCUUAUUCAUCUCUGCUUUGGACAAAGGCUUUGAGAACCUUUGGUAGUAAACCUUUUUCUGCUGAAUAACCCCUUCCUAUGUCAAUUAAACUCGUGUGCCUAAAAGUUGAAUAGAUUCUCUCUGCACUGUCUGUGUUUGGCCGAACUUUUACUAAGAAAGCUACUACCUCUUUCAUCGUCCAAGGAACAGAAGGCAGGCCCUGACUUCGUCAUAUAUACCGACUGUCUUGUGUAUUAGAUAGAGAAGGGAUACACGUCAUAUUUUCUUCUUUCAUGCCAAUUACACUUCUCCCACUUCACAGCCAUUGUGGUCAUUAUAUUUGUGGGAAGCGUUAAGACAGUGAGCUGUUCGUUUCUUUAAGAUGCAUACCUGACAAAUUCAUGCUCUUAUCAUAGAAUUUAUUUUUACAAAUUUAGUAUAUAUAUACAGCUCCAGAACCUCCAGAUAUAAAAACAUAUAUUGGCGUGAUAGAGGUUUGAACUUGAAAUCCGUACAACAGUGCUCAAUACAUAAAGUAGAGCGAGUAUACGUAUGGUUGACGGAAGAAAACAAGUAACUACAUAAGUAUCCCUACAAGCCUGUUUCGUGGUUGCCCACUCAUCAGGGGAUUUUAAUGAGAAUAACUUUACCAUUACUUAUAUUGGCGUGAUAUGUUAAUAUGGUAAGGUGUAAUUUAUGUAAUUGGCAAACAUUGUUUUCUUUUGAUAUAAGAAUGCAUGCAUGAUGAUGUAGUUACAGGCAGGUCUGAAUUUCUCCUGUUUAAAGACUUUUUGGAGUUACAAAUGAAUGUAUAUAUUUAUAUUUAUAUAUUUCUGGGGGGUUCAAAAUUUUUGCAAACAGCUGUAUAUAUAUUCACAGCUCUGGUUUUACCAUUAAGCACUUUUAUAGUAGAUGAAGUCUUCAGUUUAUUUGCUGUUAGUUAUAUAUAUGAAUUUUCAUCUUUCAUUCAAAGCUCUCCUUACAGUUCAUGCCAUUCAUGGUCAUUACUGUUUAUGGGUCAGUGGAAAGACCGUUAACUUCUCGUGUCUCUAAGAUACAGUCCUGACGAAAGGUCGGAACUUUUCAAAAUGAAGCAGCUGAUAAUUUAUUAAAAAGACCAUAUCUUAGCAUGCGUUUUUACGUAUUAUAAAAUAUAUAUUAAUAUUAUAUAUUUGCCCUUUCACGUCGUUUAGUUCAGUGAUUUCAGACAGUACUCUAUGGUAGAGUAAAACUGCAUAUAAUUUAGCAGUCUCGCCAUGUGAAAGAUAUAGAGAGCAGGUAGUGCAUGCUAAUUGUCAACUUAGCAUAGUCGAAUUCAGGGUAUGAUUUAGUUACAAUUGGGACGUGCCUACCUCCCUUGUUGGAGUGCUACACAUUCCCACAAAACAUUGAACUUCAGAGAUGUUUUCGAUAACCUAUAUUUCCUUGUUCCGAUUUGAUUGUUCUUCGGUUGGUUUACAGUGCCGGGAGUUAAUACUAGUUACAAGGUAGACUGCUUAACAAAGAGACCAUUCAGCAAAACUAUUUAAUCAACUGACUUCACUGACUUCAGACCUGAUACUACGACAGCCAAUAUGCGAAUUCCUGUUUUUGAAAACUCAGCAGUUUCAAUGACCCUUUAUUAGCGUUGCUCGUGGGCUGAACGCGGUUUUAAGGAACAAAUGACGCCUUCCAAAAGACACUCGGGUCUGUUUUCAGAAGGUAUUAGUACUGAAAUUCCUCUAAUAACUCAGUAGCUACCGCUAAGUCAACCUUUUCACGGGGAGCAGUCACGGAUCACUACGACCUGACAUCAAUCUGUCUAAUCAACUUUCGGACUAGAUUUUUUUUUACAAUCGCAUUAAAAAGAUUUUAAACGCACAUGUUUCCGAUGUCGUUGCUCUCGCUUUCAGCAGCCAAAUAUGAACCGAGAACGUUGACAAAAUCACGAUCGAUAAAGUACAGCCGCUUACUCGAUAUUUCAGCUCCAUUCACACCAAAGCUUGAACGUGUUUAAAAGCGUCGGAGCGACACUCAUUACAACUUCUCCUCUUCCGUCGCAACCCAAACUAUCAAUUAAGGUACCGCUGAACACAAGUUGUUUAUAAAAGAUAAUGAAAACACCAUUUAAAUCGAAACACCUUGCAGUUUCUUUUACGAAACUUGGUAAAACAUGCGUACACAUCAAUGCAAGAGAUUAGAGAACCUCCAUUGAUUUGUUUUGUUCUCCUUUUGUCUGCCACUUAAUUACGAGCCGAUAAUUUCCUAACAGUUUCUUAGUGUCAGUUCAAACAUUGACCAUUCAAUGAAUCGACGAUGAAAUACGUCACAUUUAAUAGUUCGUUGUAAAACACGCAAACUAUAAUUACCGGUAUUUAAGCAACAGCAAUUACUACAAGAUGACAAAAGAAAUUUUCUAAAAAAGCGACGGCCGUGGAAAUAAAUUUAGAAAUGCAAUUACAUAUACAUUAAGAAAUACAGUUAGAAAUACAUUUCAACAUUUACGAAAUAGACAAUGACGAGGCGGGCGUUAGCAAUCAGAAAACAAUUACAUUAACAUACCGGAAAGCGGACAAACUUCUUAUAACCCAUCUAAACAGGGUUAAAUAUACAUACAGAUUGAAGUGCCAGGUUUGGCCAAGGCCUUAGUUUCUCACUAAAGUAAUAAGUUCGAUGUGAAGGGUAUGGUUUCACAACUACAAAGCCCUUCAUACAAGUGUUACUAAGUUGCCAAGAGGUCCACGGUGAUACGGGCUGCAAAUUACCAGUGAAAGUUUGUUUAAAAAUCACUUUUGACCUUGUUCUAGUUAAAUUUAAUUCGACUAGAAAUUUUGGAAGAUAAAAGAAAAUUUAAAUGGAAUUAAGACUUCACGCCGCGAUUUACAUCUCUUUAAUAGACGAGACCUAAUAAUAGCUUUGUAUCGGGACUGGGCAUAAAAAAAAUAAUCUUUCCACUAAUUAGGCUAUCGUCAGUGAUUUUCGAGUGCCUGUCAAUGUAAGCAAAAUACAAGUUAUUGUUUAACAUAACACGAUGUUUUACAGCCUGAGGCCAAGAGGCUAUGGAAUGAAUUGUGAAACGCUUUCAUGAUAUUAUCAGGUUAUUAGUAUUGCUUACAAACGAUUAUCGCUACGUCGUGAUACAAUUUUCCCACUAAUCCCACUUGCCUUCGCCAUAAGAGGCGACAGUAAAGUAGAUGUAGUUAUCCACUUAUCUUUAGAAAUACGCUGUGGCUAUAUGCGUUACAAAUAAUAUCGUCAACAUGUGUCCUUACCCGAUAGAAAAACAGAAGAACAAAAAUCAAAAACAAGAUUAAAUUUUCUCCACUGAAUGCGGGAAGAGAAAGAAAUGUUCCUUUCCACAUUUAAAAGCUUUGUCAAAUAAGUUUCACCACUGAAUGAUACUUAGAUAAUUGUCGUCAAAGUUUAAUGACACUAAACCGUCGCGGUGACCCACGUCACUUUUUCAAAAGUGUAUUUCCCGAAUAAAUAGAACACGCAACAUGACACCAACUACUACACAUAAAUAAAAGCAACGUGAAAGGAUUGUUGCUUUCACAAGAAAUGUAACUACCUACGGGUCCUAAUACCACCAAUUUUUCCCACUAACUGCACUUGCCAGGUCACUUAUUCGCGUGUUUUAACAACGGAGAACGCAACGUUCACAUAGCUCAAAGCAAUUUAAAAAGAUUGUUUUAUUAACACUUCGUAAAUACCAAUGGGUCUUAAUACUGGUUAUAAUUACACUAAUAACAUCCCCUUUCACUUUCAUUACUUUUGAAAUCAUCAUCACACAUUGAUUAAUGAUAAAAAAUAACAAAAUAAUAACGAAGAUGUUAGCCCUCAAAUUUGGCAGCAUAACUAUUAUUUUAAUAACUGUUAUUUUAUUAACUAAAAUCAUAACUAUUGUCAUAAUAUUUAAUGUAUCGUUUGUGGCCUUUUUGGGCCCAGCUUUUUAAAAUGUUUGUAUCGGUUCGACUCAUUAUCAACACCUUUGGUGCCUUAACGUUUAUACAGUGUAGCCCCACACACCCUCACUUGAAGCCGUCAAUCAAACACUCAAAAAUAUUCAUUAGUCAUUUUCUUACAUAUCUACACAACGGCAUAUGCAGAAAUUCACACGAACAGCGAAGUUCGAAGGAGACGAGGACACAAAGCGCAAAAUAAAGGGAAGAAGGUGAGAAAGAAGUAAGCGCCAGGUAUUUCUGUUUGAACAGAGGCUGACGGGGAGAAAGCCAACGUUUUCAAGGACAAAUACGUAGGAAAUAGGAAGGAACGGAGUUUAUGAAAUAACAGUGAUGUUUACCUAGUCUCUUUCUAAAAAUCCAAGCGUUUGCAAAGCCCCAACUUUCAGUUUGACUUAAAAUUCAAUUCACGAGAACCCUAAAGGGAAUGUUUCAAAGUAAUGAAGAGUAAUAAGGGUCGUAGAGUAGAGAUUGCUAUUUCCAGGUAUUUCCUUGUGCCAGCACUGAUCAGUAAACCUCCAGGACAUUCUUGGAAGUGUUUACAAUUCUUAGUUAUUUUUUGUACACACAAAAAUAGUCCGCCCAGCAUGCCGUGUUGCUGCACAAGAAGCGCUAAGAAUAAAAGCGUGUCAGCUAAAUGAGAAAACAAGAAAGAACACUGUCAAAACGUUCGGCGCACAAAUUGUCAUUUUUAACAUUAACAAACACACUAAAACGCAAAACCACGAUAACUCUUGUUAAAGUGAUCAGUGACGCUGAACAACAGUCAAACAAACAAGAACAUUAAAAGAACAAAUCCGUCUCAAGAGUUAUCGUAUCUACGAGCAACGUAGAUUUCUAGCCUAGCAAGCUUUCCGGGACGCUCUGGAGGUGGGGUGGAAAGCUUGUUCGCAGGCUCCCACCCCGCCGCCAGAGCGUCCCGGAGAGCUUGCCCGCAGGCUACGUAGACUUCUUAAUCUUAACUCAGAGUAUGUCGAAGCCAAGGAAAAGAGAAUCAAUCAUUAAUCCAUGGACUAAAUUCGCAGGUACUUGUUUCCCCCGUUUGGUAUAAAGGAAUUUUGCUAUACACUAACUAAAUAAUUUUACAAUUUGCUUAAUAGCGCUAAGAAACGUUUAUCCUUUCAGUUAUCACACCCUGAAAAGCCAAAACGUCAAAACUUAAUAGGUGCUAAUUUUAAUCAGUAUCACUUGACAAAAACUUCUACAUCUGUUUCAGCAUGUUUGAUGGGACUUACUUGAAGAGUUCAAGUUCAAGUGCAAGUUCAUUUAUUCACACUUAUUCAAUUACAAUACAACAAUAAGGAAAAAAAGGAAGAAGUAAAAACAGAGCUAAUUAUACAUUGAAUUAAACAUAAAAAGGAAGAGUGUGUAGCAGCCAAAGGAGCCAAGCUUUCGAGUUGGCUACUACCACAAACAAUUACAAGUGGGUGGAGGUUAUACGGUACUAAUAAAAAAAAAAAACACUUAAACUCUUAAAUUCUGUACUGUUAAACUCUCCACGCGUUUAACUCUCCACCCGCCAUCUUGCGCGAUCCCGAACGUGAUAUUUUCAUGCCACCAUUCCUCAAGUUUCCUGUCGUCCCAAGAGUUAUUUUCUACGUUCUUCUGGGCGUUAUCCUGGGCGUUGUUCUGGGCCCAUAACCUGAUAAGAAUCUGUCUUUAAUCCAAACCGAAAGACGGUUUACAACUAGAACUGUGAAGACUGUGCCAUACACGCUUUGUUACUACUGAGUUUAAUAAACAGCGUCUGAAUUCUAAUGCACUGUGAAACUAUAGAGUGGCAAAGCCAAAUUGAUGCAAAGUUUUGAUACAAAUUCUACCCCUUUGAGUUUUGGAUCCUAAAUAUACAUCGGAAUAAUUUAUUUCAAGUAGGCUUCUAGAUAUUUUACAAACAAAUGAAACAAGCACAAGUGCCUUCUAGAGUUCACUUCAAUUAAUCUUAUUCCGAAAUACGGUGAAUCAAACACGACCAAAAAUACUAAACUUUUUUUUUUACUGUAUAUAACGCUUCACACAUUAUAUAGGGAUGUUUUUAUCUUUACUCCAAGGUUAUUUUUAGUAUUAAUAUUACGUAUAACUUGACUGACGUGUUUGGUCGAGUGUUUCGAACAUAGCGCACGAAAACGCAAAUCAUUUCAAAUCAUUCUUGUAUUUUUUUUUUCUUUUGUAUUUUAUUUUUACUACUAUUAUUUUUUAACGGGACGCAAAGCGAAGUAAGUUUGUAUCAAAAGUUAGACCUGUGAACCCGCUCCACACACAUAUUUAUCAUUGUGGCAAACUAAAAUUUCAGUUCUUUAAGUCUGUUUAAGUCUUCCCGACUAUCAGUAUUUCAGCCAAAUCGCCCACAUGACUUGGCAAUAACUAGUGAGUAAAAGGGAUAUGGACAGCAUAAAAGUAAUAAACAAUAAAGGUCACCCAGCAUAGGCGAUUUUGUAUUCAUUAGUUACGGUGCUGUUAAGGAAAUAAGUUCACGGCCGUGGUUUACUCAUGACUAUUUAUUUCUUUUUAGAUGGCUGAUUCAGACGUAUCAAUGGUAAGAUUAUUAAACGUUUUAUUCAAUAAAACAAUAAUACUAUAAAUACAAUGAAAGAGAAACAAAGCGAACCUUAGAUCUAGAUAAAAAUAGAGUAGCAAGUUAGGAAACUAAGCUAAUAACGCCGGAGAAUGCUCUUUAAAAAUGUCUCGCAUGCAAUACUAAGGGAAGCAACCUGUUUACACAAAAUUAACUUUCAACAGUGAAUACUGCUCUUAGCCUAGUUUAAUACCGUGGCUCAAGCUUAUUUUUUCAGCGUCUUGGGUACGUUUUUUGAUAGGUUUUUUUUACGCUCGACAGAUCCAACUAUGACAUUUGUGUUAGUUGGAAGAGUUCAGCCAGAGUAUCUCCUAGCGAAAGGGCUGUUUUUACGAAAAAACUGAGCAGUCAGGAACCUACGGCAAACAAAGUUUGUGCAACAAGAAGAGACUAACUGUGUAUUUCUCCAGUUUAUUUUCAAACAAACCUUUACAAAACGAAAUACUAUAACAUUCACAGAAAAAGUGGAACCCGUCCGUCCCUUUACUAAAGAGUCAACCGAACUUUUCAUCACCAGACGUAAAUGAAUUUCUGUGAUUAGGAGAAGGGUUAGGAAGAUGCAGGAUGUGGGCGAGUUUCUAAUGCGCUAUUUUUUUCGCUUUUUAAGGAAUCAGACUCUUCUAGUGACAAGAGGUGAGCAACUAACACGCUACCAAUCAGGGUUAAACAUGAGGAAGUGCGGGUUUGCUCCAGUAACUUUUGUACAAAUAAAAGACAGUAAAGAAAAGCGCGCUACUUUUUCUGCGUAUUUGCUUGUUUGUAAACCUGGCAGUGCCAAGAUUUUACCAGCUAAACUCUAGGUAAUACAAUACCGCUCACAAAAUGGGGUGGCUUUUUCAGAUUUACAUGUACUUAAUAAAGGUAUUGUUGAAUAACAUUGGACGGCUGUACCUUUCUAUGCGCAAAAACAUCCAGUAACUUCUAAGGAAGCUAAACGAUGCGGUAAAGUGUUCAGUAUUUUAAUGGUAAAAUGUUACUACGUUCCUUUUUCUGGAGGUGCCCUUUGAAAACCGAAUAUUUUAGGGACAAGAACUCACUUUGUUGGUACUGACCUGACUUUUUCUUUUUCAUUUAGCGAAGAAGAAAUGGAUACAAACAGCUAUUCCGGCAGUUCACCCACAAAUCAGCCCUUGGUGCCCUUCGCGCUUGGGCAGGUGAAAAUACUGUUUACCAAACCUUUCCACGCAAAACACCUACUAACAUCUAAUAUUUAAAACAAUGAUCUUAAAAAUAUAUUCCACUGACACAAGAAGUAAAUGUUAGCAAAAUUCCACUCCUUUUUCAAAAACACAAGCGAAUUUAAAUUCUAUGCUCUAAUAAAACACACAAGGAAAUGAAGUAAGACCGACAGACGGACUGACCGACUCACUAAAACUAACCGAUUCUCUAAUCGAGUGAUUUACCGAGAGCUCUUGACGACGCGACCGAGCAGCCUGGUGACCAACAUCAACUUUAACCACUGAAAAGAAUGUUAAAAUCCUAUAAUUUUGUUACGUCAAACGGCAACUCUCCUCUCCUUCUUUCAAAUUUUAGUCGCCCAGAAAAGUUUACUUUCUCUUCUGAACCUCAUUCACACAAUUUAUUCCAGCGUAUGUCUCAGUUUAAUCAGAAUGCUGAUUCUCUCUAACUUACUAGGGGACCAACGCCGCGAACCAAGCUAUACGCCAGCAAAAUGAUCACCAGGCAAAUCAAGCCAGGUAAACACUAAAAACAGUCACGUCUGUAAAGAACUAUACUAAACAAAUUAUCAUCUCCACAUAUAGUACCCACCCUAGCUAACUUACUAGUAGUAAUCACAAGUUAUCACAGAAUAGGAGGUUUAUUCGACCAAAAGUCGAGAAGGUGGGUGGUGAAAUAACCUGCUUUCGGAGCAAAUGAACAGUUUCCUGGCCGAAAAUUACACAUUGACAAAGAUACCAUAAAAACAUACUUAGUUGGAAUGUUGCCACUGCAGGCGGCCAGAUCAUUCCGACCAGUCUAAAUGACAAACGUACGUUACACUAUGCACAACAACGUCUAAUAAAAGGUCAUAGUUUCACUUGCGCUUAAGGGCACAUCUCUGCUGACCCAUAGCCUACAAUUCGGCGUAUUUUUAAGGGCGAGCAAAAAGCAGCUUGUUACUGAUGAGUUUUGUACUACUGCGGCCGGCCGCCAUCUUUCAUUUAUCGAUGACGCGAAUAGACGUUAACUUUCUGUUUUACGUAUCUUUCAGGUACGGUCUACCAAAUAUGGUAGCGGCGUCGAGUCAUGCUCAACCACAGGUGUAUAUGGAAUCUUCUAUUUCAUUCACUAAACAAGUAGUAAAAGCAACGUCGGUAAAUCCAUAAAGCGAAACUUUUGCUCCGAGGUAUCUUCUCGAAAUGCUGCGUAGUCUCUGCACAUUAGAACGGACUUUUCAGUUCAAUUGGUUCUUAUUUUCCUAGUUUACUUUAGUUAAGGGUUUAACCGGUUCUUUUUUUUUUCAGGCUAACGAUGACAUGCCGGAUCCUGUGGCAUUUUUCCUUUUCUUAGUCUUUAUUAUCUUAAUACAAAAUGAUAACUGAAUGAAAUUCAUAUGCUCAGUUUUGCAUGUUUAACUUUUGUCAAAGCCUAAUUUUAAAAUAGUAAUGUCGAUUUUAGGAAUCUCUGCGCAACAUUUUUAGCGAUAAAAACUCAGUGGCUAUUUUCAUAGUGUUGUUAUUUAAUAAUAAAACUUAUUUACCUGUGUUUGAUGUUGUUUAGUGACACUUAAGCCAUUGAAAGAGCUGUGGUACAGAACCUGCUAACAUCCAUCCCCUUUCCAUUGACUACAGAGAUACUUUUGUCAAUAUCAAUGAAUCAUAUUCAAGUAAGCCUGUCCUGUCAGUUGGUGUGCCUCAAGGGUCUGUUUUAGGGCCAGUGUUAUAUCUUAUGUAGACAUCUCCUCUCCGUGAAGUUAUUGAGAGCUAUAAUAUCAAUUAUCAUCUGUAUGCUGAUGAUAGUCAGCUUUACGUUGCUUUUAAAACAAAUGAUGCAUCCUCGAUCAAAACCUGA